CAUGGUAGGACCUUGAGGAACGGUUGUUCCAGCCAGUAUAGCUCGGUUGCUUCAUCACGAUAGGCAAGCCCGACCACCACGUCAAGGUAGCAACAACGGUCGGGGAGUUCAAAAUUACUUUAUACCUUUCUUUCUACAAACUAGUUCUUUCUCUCUGUAUCAUAUCCUUAUAUGCUAUUUUUAUCUACAUAUAUCGCUACUAUUGAAGUGACUGGUUCUAUGAAUUUGGUGUUGACCUAGUUGUAAUAAUGAGAUAUGGGAACUUGGACCGAUGCAUCUGUAUAUGCCUGUCUCUAUAUUGUGGAUGACUGACCGAAUUAUUUUUCGUAGUACUGUACUUUCUAGGUUCUACAAAUCCUUGAGUUUCUUAUGUUAAAAAGUAUAUCAUACUUUAGAAACUUAGUAAGUAAACAAUUGUAUAUGUUUAUAUGUAACCACAUACUUUUCUAUACAGGUUGUAACGACGUACUUGGGAUAUGGCAUAUGUCUUGUUGUCGGUCUUCUAUUUGCUAUUUUUAUGCCCCUUGUUGGAAUCGUUUUCUUCUGUGCUCGGUGCUGUGGAAAAUGUGGUGGACGUGUACAAUUUGUAGAUUCCAAACACGAUCCCUGCAAACGAGUUGUAUACACAGUGUGCCUAGUCUUAAUUGUGACUUUCCAAUUGGCUGCUGUUGUUUUGGCUUUCAUCAAUCACUACUUAUUUCAUGAAGCUUUGGUCAGCAGAGACCCGCGCAUAGGUGCUUUUAGUCAAGCUAACCUUAGCCUUGUUGAGUUUGAAGAGGCUCUAAAAGAUAUGGUACAGAUGGCAAAGAAUACUUCCUCAACAGAUCUUAGUAAACAAAAAGAACGCUUCAUGCGAAUUGUAGAUGAUAGCCUUGUCAGUUUUCAAGAAGAUUUUACCAAACUGUCUCAAGCGAAUAAUGUAUCUGAUGCAAUUUCAGAAUUUCAAACAACUGCACGAGCUUUCCUCCCUGGAUCUGAGGCAAUCGCACAAAUCAGUUACUUUAACCAUUCACUUUACGAAGUGAUCUCUGAAUUACCUACCAUUCGUCAGGGUUUAACUGAUACAUUGAAUACAGGUUGUCCCAUUGAUAAGAUCAUUGAAUGCCGAGAAUUGAUGGGACUGGCCAACGAUCAGUUAAAAAUUCGUGUUUCACCAAGUAUGUUCCAACUAGACGAAGCGAUUUUUAUUUCUAACCAAAUUCAACGGCAUCUUCCUGAUGUUGACUAUCUCAGUGAAGUAAGGAUUAUUAAUUUUAUCUCAGUUCAUUGUUACUAAUUAUUUUAAAAGAUUAUGUUUUCGGAUAACAUUACUUACAUGAAUAAAUUACUUGGUAUGUUUUUUUAACAAACUUCGAUAUUGAAUUCUUGUAUAUACACUUCUUCUACAUCCCCCCUCCUAGUAUCUCAGUAUUUCUGUAACAAUUCAACAGAACAUUUAUUUUAAAUUUGUAUCAUAUAUCGCCUUGUCUUCUGAAUCUGAUCGCGAAACGAGAUCAGCCUGAAAACUGAUAUCACGAAUAAAUGAAGUUAAAUUAAACAAUAAAUUUCUUUUGGUCUGUUGGUGGUAUUUAUGACAUAACUUGCCAAUUGAUCAACUUUCCUCUUACUAAACAUGUAUUUUAAAUCAGUAACCAAGUACGUAUGUUCUUGUAAUCCAUUUUAAACCAUCAUUUGUGUAAGGCCUAGUGAUACUAUUGUCUACGUAUUUUAGUCCCGCAGGGUUUGAACUUGGAACUGAGUAGCUGCAUCGACGGCCUGCUUGAAUAUCUGGGCUACCUGUUUCUUCCAUCUAAAUAUUUCAACAAGUUGUCUGUCUUUUUUUAAUUUUUGUUUUAACACCUCAUUAUGUCUACUAAUCGCAUAACCUAUGCAGGCGCGCUUAUGAAAAGCUUACGACCUUUCGCUGCACAAGUUGAAAAAAGUACAAUAAGAGACAUCGUGGUGGUUGGCAAUUCGCAUUGAAGAGAAUGACCAUUGAUCGUAUGUCGAUUCCCGAGCUGCUGAAUUCUAACUACCGAUCACUAAUUAACAAGGUGGACUAUUUUCAAUUCCUACUAAGUGAAAACGUGUAUCGUAAUUGUGUUGUCAUCAUAAUUCAAGAAUCUUGGUUAACUGAUUUACAGGACGAUUGCUUAGCAUCACUACAUGAUUUCAAUAUCUAUCGUCAGGAUCGAUCAAGCAAUAAAAAGAGGUGUGGCGGCUGUGUAAACAUGAAAUGGUGUCGAUCUACUUUUGCAUGUUUCAAGUUUUCCAAUGACUUUAUCGACUGUCUAACUUUAAGAUGUCCAAAACACCUGAAUAAGCACAAUUAUGUUUAUGUUACAAACAUCUACGUGACUACAGACUGCACAUCAUCUGGGCUAUCUGCUUUCGCUGAUGAAUUUGCUGUUACUGCCUUCAGUGUUUCACUUUCAAUUUUAUAUGGUGAUUUCAAUCCAUGUGACUGUAGCUUCCUUGCAUCACUAGGUCACCAAAAUGUAGUAGAUUUUCCUACUCGUUUGGAUGCUCAUUUUCAAUAAUUUGACUCGUAAACGUGCUCCAUUGUCUAGCGCGGAUCACUGUAUGAUUCAUGUUCUACCUAAAGUAUAUGAAAAGCAUGAAAAGAGUACAUUCUUACAUCAGACCAGGAAAGCCAAAUAUAGGAAUUACUCAAAAGAAAAUAUUCAAAAUCUGAGAAACAUGUUUCGUACGACUGUGAAUUAUUUACAGAUGACUCACUGGAAAACACUACUGAUAUUAUCACUUGUUAUCUUAAAUUCUGGUUUGAUAUUUGCUAUUCCACUGAAACCAUUUUUUAAAGUUUUGAUCGACUUACAUCUCCACAAGUAAGUCGACUACGGAGAGUAAAAAAAGAAUGUACAAGAAGAAAAACUAUUGAAGUUCGUAAGCUUAAUGGUCUAAUAAACCCAGAGAUUAGACGUCUCAGCUCUAUCUUUCUCAACUAAUCUCAUACCGAAAAUGUAGAGAAAGAUAAAGAUAAUCCCUAUACCUAAGAAAGUAUCUAGUGAUAAGAAUGUGAAAUUUAGACCCGUGGCAAUAACUUCACCUUUCCUCAAAACAAUGGAAAAAUUAUUGAUACUCUCACUUCAACCUGCAAUAAAAGAGCACAUUGAUCUGUAUCAGUUUGCUUACAAAUGCAAAUAAAGCGCCUUAGAUGCCGUUGCCGUUCUGCAUCACAAUAUAGUGUUCAACUUGGAAAAGGGUAAGAAGUAUGUUCGAUGCGCUUUUCUGGACUAUACUUCCGCUUUUGAUUCUAUUCCAAGACAACUUUUACUUAACAAGGUAAUCAGCGUCAACACUGACAGCUGGAUAACCAAUUGGAUAUGUUCCUACCUCUCUGAAAGAGAACAGUACACUGUGUUUAGAGGAAACUGUUCAGCGUCUCUACUGUCUCAUCAAGGUGUGUCACAAGGAGCUGUUCUUUCACCUCUUCUUUUUCUUUUUUCUGCAUGAUCUGCCAUCUUCCACAGAAAACACUUUUGUGAAGUAUGCGGACGAUCUCAUUGUAUGUAUGCCGAUUUCUAUCUCUUUACAUCCCAUAGAAAUAAAUGAGUUUUUGUCUCGUGUUGAAUCUUGGGCGAGACUCUAAUUUAAGGACGAGCCAAUCAGAAGCGUUUGAGCAAUUUCAAGGUCACGGAGCCAAGUUCAACACGUGAUGCUAACAUACGAUCGGGUUACAGCGGAUUUUAGAAAAGAGAUGAUUAUUGAGAGGCUACAACAGAUGGGACUAUCAAGAAGUUCUUGUACGUGCGACUGCGGUUAUCAAAUGACUGCAGCAAAGUGUGCAGACCACCGUGGUGAGAUUAUGUUUCGUUGUUCUUCAUGCUGGAGGAAAAAGUCUGCUCGAACGGGGACUUUCUUCGCUCGAUCGCGACUGACACUAAGGCAGAUCAUGAUAAUAGUGGCAAAUUGGGUAAUAAGGACACCAGUAACACUGACUGCGGCGUUUUCAGAUGUUACUGAAACUUCAGCAGUCCAGUGGUAUGAGUACUGCCGUGACAUAUGUGCAAGUAAAAUGACACGUCUACGCCAAUCAUUCGGAGGAGUAGGAUGCAUUGUGGAGAUAGAUGAAACGGUAGUAAGAAAGCGAAAAUACAAUAGGGGACGUAGUAUCAAGGAAGAAUGGGUAAGUAGCAUUUCCGUAAGUAUACUUGACAGGUACUUGGAAUUUAUGACCGAUAAACGCAACAGGAACAUUUUCAGAGGGUCAGAAACCGGAAAGCAAACACAAUAAUACCAAUUAUACAGGAAUACGUGCAGCCGGGCACAGCAGUAUAUACGGAUGAUUGGCGAGCUUAUAGGUGUCUACAUAGACUUGGAUAUAUACAUCAUGUAGUAGUGCACAAGCGCCAUUUCGUCGACCCUGCAACCGGCGUCCAUACUAAUAGUAUUGAAGCUAUGUGGUCCAGACUGAAGGAAUUUCUAAGACCAUACCACGGCUCUAGAGGACGACUGUUAUGGAGCCAUGUGGACGAGUUUCUAUACCGUAUGCAUUAUGAUUUCAGGACUUCUGAACCUUUAUCAAACCUUAACAAGUUUCUAAAUCAUGUAAAAGAAGACUAGCCACUAUAAUUCAUUACUUUCUUAUAAUAUAUUUUUACUUUAUACUAACUGUUUUCUGAUUGGCUAAUAAUUGUCAAGGUCAUUUAAGAUUCGUUCAAGGUUCGUCCCUAAAUUAGAGUCUCGCCUAAUCUUGGUUUGUUGUUAAUGAUCUCAUACUUAAUCCGUCAAAAUUUCAAGCUGUUAACUUUAGCAUGCGACAUGAACAGCACCUAAGCACCAUUUUGAGAUCCCAUAAUGCCUGUGCAAUUGGAGACUGAUAAAUAGUGUCGAAGGUCAAUUAUCUUGGCGUUACCUGUUCCUCUGACCUCUCUUGGUCUUCUCACGAUUUAUUGUUAUCGAAGAAGGUUUUCCGUCUGAGUUACUACAUAAAGAGGCUGCAUACUCUUGGGAUUACUCGAUAUUUACUCUUACAUUUUGUCAAUUCUUGCAUAUUACCUAUUAUUCUUUACUGUUCUCCAUUAUUCUUUCCCGGGCUUUUGAGAAAAGACUUUGCUGUGUUGUGGAGAGUGCUGAAAGCAGUUAGCAAGGUAUUUGAUGAAUCUUUUGAGGUCAUUAUUAAUAUGGUUGUGGAUAGACAUCUAAAGUCUUGCAAACUCCUGGCAGGUGUUGUCUUAUCAGAUACUAACCAUCUUCAUUCAUAUCUUUCUCCUUGUAUAUUUUCUGGUAGAACGAGAUGUAAAUACAUUAAAAUUCAUGCACGCAAGCAAAGGUCUAAAAGUUUUAUAAUACCUUACCUAGCAAAUAUACAGGUUGUUAGAGUUAACCUAGUCAAUAACCCGUAUUCUUAAACAUGUCUCUAAUUUGAAAAUUUGUACAGAUUUGGAUAUUUUUACACUUUUUUUUUUUUUUUUGUAAGAGAAACUUGUUGAAAUACUUCGUGCUGAGAAUUCUAUAUUGUACCAAAAUAUAAUACUGAAUAAAUCCAUUAAUAAUAGUAAUAAGUUAAGAGCUUCGACAUUUUGACAACUGCUCAAAUGUAUCAACUUGGUCUGAUUUUGCAGUAUGUGUUAUUCAAUGUUUUAUAUUUUGACUAUCAUGAAGUCCUCUGACAUCUGCAUUCUAACAUAUGCUUUUAUAAUUAUUCGGUAGUUCUCUUUUAGCUAAUAAUUCCUUUUUUUCCUAAUUUGUUUCAAUGUUAUCUAGUUUAAUGGAACUACCAACAAUCUGGCCGUAAAUGUGAAGCUUUCCAUUAGUGGUGAUCUGGAUCGUGCCUGGAACGAUUUAGCUCACUCUCCAAAGACACGAGAGAAACUAGCUAGUGUAUUCGAACAUAUUAUGGUUAACAUAAGCACCACUUUAAAAUUUAUUCGUGAUCGAAUUUCAUUGGAGAUUAAUGAAGAAGUAAAUGAUCAUUAUUUACGAGCUGUCGAAUAUGUGUUAUAUGGCGGAGUGGCUCUGCUGUGCAUUCCCAUUUUAAUUUUCCUGAUAUUAUAUCUUGGACUAUGUUUUGGCACUUGUGGUGAUCGUCCAUAUGAAGAGGCCGGUUUGUGUAAUCGGGGUGUCGGCGCCAAUUUUUUACUUGCAGGUGUAGGAUUCAUGUUUCUUUUCUCAACUAUCUUGAUGGUCUCUUGCAUGAUACCUUUCCUUUUUGGCGGAACUUUGCAAACUGAAGUCUGUCGAUAUCUGACUGGUCGCUAUCCAGAUGGUCCCCGAAAAAUGGACCAAUACGUUUUUCAAAGUUUGAAAUCAAUUUUUCUUGCCGUUCAAGGGUCACUACCGAACUCGUCCAAUUCUAGGACAUUUGAUGUUGAUAAAAAUGAACUAGAAGCUAUCAGACCAACGUUGGAUAUUAUUCGUUUUAAUCUGUCAGAUGCUAUUUUGACUCGAUGUGAAAACGAACCAUUCGUAGAAGCAAUCAGUACAGGAGAGUUCGUUUCCCCUAUACUUGCUGAUGCAGUUGACGGAAUUUUGCAAGGUCUCAUCGAGUCAUUUAAGAAAGUUGACAUAGAGUCUCCAUUUCGCCGUACUAUCGGGUCGUGUUUAGCAGCUUUUGAACGUCUCAAAUUUCUUUCUGCUGUUAAUUUCAAGGAAGCUAUCAACCAAGUCAAUACUCCACUAACGUUUAUUGACAAUCUCGGUGAAUUUGUGUCAAGAUUGAAGGCUUUAAAUAUGGAAUCUUUAGCUCCACAUAUUCAAACUCUUGUGAAUGGACCUGUGAAAUUAGAUGCCACUCGUGGUAACAUUUACACCUUGUUUGUCCGAUUCAAUAGUUUACCGGAUCAAAUGAAUUUUGUAAUUAACAAUCUUAAUAGAUACAAUCAAACGUUAUCUACUUCCAUCCAGUCUUCUAUGAAUCGUGGAGUUAACAGAUUCCAUUUACUUUUAACUAAAGAAUUACAAUUGGCUGUUAUAGCCACUUGGCAUGAUAUUCCGUGUCAGUCACUUCGUUUAGCUGCCAAACGUGGAGUCGAUUCAGUUUGUUAUACAUUUUUAAUGCCAUUUAAUGCAUUUUGGACUGGAUUAGGAUUUACACUACUUCUUUUCAUUCCCGCUAUUAUUUUCGCUGUUAAACUGGCUGGUUUAUAUCGCAAAACAGAGAAAUAUAGUCGCGAUUACGAAGAACCGGAUUACAUAUCAUAUCAUGGCUUCUAUAUGAGACCACCAACAGAUUAUCAGGACAAUUCACAGAAACCCCGAAACAAAUCUCGUAAACAUAAAGGUAUGAAUGAGUCAUUAAUUUCUCUUCUAUUUUUCCCUGUUUUUGAUUUAUAGUAUACACACUGUUUUCUAUUGCAUGCUGUCAUAUUCAACUCGGGAAUGUCCCGUCUUUUAUUUGCUUUACAUAAAUGUAUAUCAAUGUUAUAUAUGUGUCCAAUGUAGACAUAUUUACAUAUGUCUGUGAAUGUUGUUUUUCGUUAUUCUUGUUAUACUAUCUUACUACUUUAACUGUCAUUGUCAUUGAUUUUCAUUUUAAUCUUAUCACUUUUCCAACAUGGUUGUUUUUAAAGCAAUUAGUUGUUUUGGUUGUUUUUCCCAAAACUAUACUGAUAUGAUUUUCGUUCCAUAUACGUUAUGCUUGUAGAGGAUGACGGGGAGUGGGUUGGACAUAGUAAAAUAUUUGGUAAUGUCGACCAUGAUUGUGCUGGUUUUUCACUUUUCAGUUUUGCUCACACUUACAUAUUUUUUUUAAAUUUUGUAUCCAGUGCAGUUUAAGUGUUAUUUAUAAAUUUUUGACUGAAAUUGUUAGUAUUUAUGUAUAUCAACAUUUCUAUAUAUCAAUUACGCGUAUAUUUGUGUUUUCAAGCCAGAAAAAAGACAAAUUUCUGUCCGGCUAAGUUAAAUAAUAGUUGUAGAUCGACAGGCACAAAAUCGAUCCAUUAUUUUCUAGUCAUUCUGGUUCAAGUUCAAAUCUCUCUUCGUCUACUUCAUUUUGUUCAAUUUUGUAGCAACAAAAGCCAAGUACACUAAUAUGGUACCUGGUAAAUAAGUUAAAUAACACUAGUAUGUUCCUAAUAUUUAUAGUAAGAGUGUGUUAAUUGUGUACUAAUAAUAUUCUAGUGAACUGACUUAUUAUAAUGCUUUUUUCUUGUUCUGUAAUUGAAUUUACUAUCUAAUAUAAAAUACGUCUUCGAAAAAAUUUUAUAUGGUUACAUAAUUUAAUUCGUAUCACUAUGUAUUUAUCUCUGGGUUUUAUCUCAUUUAUCUGAAGUUUUAAAUACAAUUAUAUGUUGUUUUAGUUAAUGAAGAAAACUCUCCUCAUAACAUAAGUUUAGAUACUGAAUCAAGUAUGUUGUAAAUGUUAUUCUUCCUUAAAAUAUACUAUUGAAUUUUAUAUUACUUUAAGAGGAUUACAUCAAAUAAAUUCAUCAUCUUGUGAAAUAAAACGUUCUAUGUUCUGUAGGGAAUAUUAAAAUAAGUUAAAGAUAAUAAUGACAUUUGAAAAACAAAUAUAGUUAGGAAGUCAAUAAGAAAUAAUAUGAAUAUUUUCAAUAGUUAGUCUUCGUCUUAGUAGUAGUAGUAGUAGUAUUUAAUACCUUAACAAUUUUUUCCUUUUACACUCCAUACCAACCAUAACACCCUUGUAUGUGCAGUGUUAAUAACGACACAUCUUCAGUUGCACACUUGUUGAAUGUCAAUAAAAUAUCAACAUUUUUGGUUUCCUUACAGCAAAUUCUGUUUAUGAAUAAUUAAGGAUUUUUGUAAUACGAAUCAAAGAAUAUGUGCUCGAAUAAACCGAAUGUCUGUCACAUAACAACAUAUCAACAUUAAUUAUCCACAGGCUUAUAGAGGAAAUGGAACUUUCAGGAUAACUUUAUGUUCCGUGCAUAUGUAAAAUUCAAAAUGGAACAACUCUAUCUAUUCAGUAGCACUCAAUAAUCUUGAGGUACGUAACAAACCAAACUAGACGUGAUGACAAUCAAUCAGGUAGCAACAAAUCUUAUUGCGGAAAUAUAAAUUAGCGAAUUUCAUAGUGGUUAUCCUUUAAAAAAAGAACUAACAUGUAAUAAUAGAAAACUACAUAAUCUGAUCUCUUUUUGGUAACACUUAACUAAUACUCACUAAAAGAAUGUAUCACUAUUACGACUUUAUUCACUCCUCAAUCGGUAUAUCUUUUAUGAUAUCUGUUAUUUCUUUCCUAACUUACUGACGAUCAGUUAGUGUCUUACUACCACAUUUGUCUAAUAACUUCUCAUUUAUAAAGUAUAAAUAUCUGUCGAAACUUAGUAUCCAAGUAUCUGUUUGUUUAGUUAACUCCAAGCUAUAAUAUUUUGUUUAAGCGUUAAUAAUACUUCGAGGUUGCCGAAUCUGGGAAGGGUUUUAACUGUCAACUUCGUUUUUGUUAGUUAAGUGGGGUUAAUCAACACUCUACAGUGUUAAAAUAAGUUUCAUCUUGUCAUUAAAAAGUCUUGAAGUACGUGCUGAUUCAAAUUCAGCUAAGGCAAUGCAACCUGUAUUUCUAGACAAUUAUUCGACUUGAUCUCUAAAAACUUUAAAUAUAAUUCCUCAGUCGUGUUUGCAGCAUGUUCAACUGAUCAACCCCAACAAGGCACCAAACAAGCUUAUGCGAACCACUGACAGUCUCAAUUGCAGCACAAAAGUAAUUUUGGCACAAAUUACCUUUACACUUCAAAUCACGUGAUACAUUUUCUGCCUUAAGCAAGAGGAGAAAGUAAAAUGGUUUAUUUGUGCUCAAUCUAUAAUCAAAGGGUGACUAACAAAUGAUCCGAAUAUAAUGUGAAUAGUGCAGCUGCAGAAAAAUAAUUUCAGUGAAAAGUGGAGGAUCACAUGAAAUAACACAAACCUAUCACCGUUUUACCAGCGUUAGGAAUAAAGGAUCCCAAAUCAUUUUGUCGGGGAGAGGUCAUAGGCGGGACAAGUAUUAAGUCCUACACCGAGGUUCUAAUUCAGUUGACUUUCUUCAGUGUGCUCUGACAUAUAAUUAUGUUUUUUAUUUGAAGUCUGUUUUUAUUAGCUUUAUUCAACAUUAUAUUUUUGGUACAAUACAGAAUUCUUAGUACAAAGUAUUCAAAGAAGUUUCCGUUUCUUACUUCUUGGUCGAUACUGACGAUAAAUAUUAAGUGAUCGCCAAUUAGGUUGUAACUUGUACAACGAAAGAUCGUACACUUUUAAGAAACGCACCUGAAUAGGUUAUGCGAAUAAUAGGCAUAAUGAUGUAUUUGUUAUAACUUGUGCUCUAUUAAGUUCUAACUUAAUGAUACCACCAAUUAGAGCAAGGAAAUUUAUCGACCGAACCAAUGACUCGUAAACCCGUACGAGCAGUCUAGAUUCCUUAUCGGCCCUUCUUCCUGCCUAGCCCUGUCUGUUAAGUUCAGAACACCAAUCUCAGCCUCUGCGAUAUGAAUCAUUUAUUUCAAUCACACUGAGUCAUAUACAAACGAAACAGAACACAUCGUACCAUAAAAUAGGAAACAACAUUUGUGCAAGAUCUAGCCAAAAGGGGCUGUAAACGUGGGAGACUGUAAUUGACAGAUCAGGUAAAACUCAAGAGCGGUAAGUCGUAUAAUAAUAGUCCAUGAGUUAAAAUUAAGCUUAUAAUAUGCAUAGUUUAACCACUUAACAAUCAUACAGUAAAAGUAUGUAUUGUAUUGGUCCAUAAAUGGUUCCCAAAAGUUACCAUAAUUCUCGUCGGGAUAUAACAGUAUUAAAGCAAACGAAAAUCGAAAACUUGUUGAUAUAUCUAGAUGGCAGGAACCGGUAGUCCUUUUCUGUUAAUGUCGUGUAUAUAAGCAUGUAAUUUCACCGAAUAGAAUACCUAUUCUGCGGGUUAGUGUUUUUUCUUCUGAUAUCAAUUGAUUGGGAGCUCACAUUGAUAACUCUGUUUUAUGAGCAGCUAUCACUGCAUUUCAUCUAUCGGUCGAUAUUCUUCUCACUCAUUUUAUCAACUAUGACCAUCGUGUGCUUGCUAAUUCCUAUUUUAUAACAUAACUUGCAACAGUAAAUUGUAGUUGUUUACAAACUUGUGACUAUUGUAUAUGCUCGGUUUUUUGAUAACUUUGCUUUCCUACUUAGAUUAACAUAUUUUUCUAAAUACUUGAAAGUAACUGGAACAGGUUUUAUAGAGUUUUAUCAGAACACCUUGUAGUAACUUCCAGAUUUUUGAAAGGCUCCACACAAUCUCGUUAGUAUCUUUGUGUAUUAAGUUGGUUUUUGAGAAGCCUAAAUUAACAUUUGAAUUUGAUUGGCAAUCAAUUUCUACCCAUAAACAGGAAGUCUUCAGGAUUUUUUCAUCCCUGUCUUAUUUUUCAAAGAAUAUCCAUCGUCAUAAGCUGCAUAUAUAUUCAUAUUACUUUCCAGUAAUUUUCUUCGUUUGUAUGCGUGUGUAUGGAUGCAUUUAACAGCUGAAUACGGACGUUACUUGUUUAUGAAUGCUUUAGUUUUUUGGCAAUAUAACAUUUCCAUUGAAUUUCUAAUUGAUUAACCAACUCACUUCAUUUCUCUCUACUGUAAUCCUUCAAUAUUUAUUCUAUAUAUAUAUAAUUCUGAUGUUGCUACUUAUGUUCCCGUCAUCUCACCGAUUUCAAUCUUUUACGCACCGACUGUUCACUCCGUAUUUUUACACUAACCCACUGGCAUACUUGUGUUCUCUUUUAUUUUUCUUCAAGUUGCUUCUGUAUUAUAUUAUCACUAUCAUUUUCGAUCAUUCAAUUUCUCCGUACUUUUAUAAUCACAGAGUCAUUUACAUUUUUUAUCAUCUGUAUAGGUUAUGUGGCUGUUCCGAAUCCAGGAGCAUAAAAGGUACACAACAGUUUCGAGAAGUUCAUAUUUUUACAAAAACAAAAUGUAGUGUUUUUCUUUGGUAUCAGCUAUGCACCCUCACCUUCCGAGUGUAUUAACUUUACUUUUUUAUGGUGGUGUAAACAAUUAACUAUAAACAACUAAUGUUAUUUUCUUACGAAGUUAGCAAAUCUCUUUUUGUUACAAUACUCCUAAUUGGUUUGCCUGUAUGCCCAAACAGCUGUAUUUAACGCUCAGAUAUUUGCUACAUAUUGUGGGUUUACAUAAUUACCAAUGGCUUACCAUAUGUUCUCCAAAUUGUUUCCCGUUUAUCGCUCAACUAUGUAUGCUUAUGUAUCAUAACGAUCCAUCUAUCUACCAGCUACCGUUCAUUUAUGGUUUUCUUAAAACAGUCAAAUAACUGAUAACAAGUGGAACGAGGCAGUUUAAUACUUUCCUCAGUAUAUGGCGGGCAUGGUUAAUCAUAUGUAUGUAAUGGUUAAUACAUUGUGAGUAGUACAACUCAACAUUCAGGCAAAAGUCUGCACGCCGAACUAUGAUUUACAUAUUGUAUGAUGAUCUUAGAUUAAUUGUGAACCUUUUGUAUUCCGAUAGGAUUUUAGAGCAUUAGUACUGUGCUUCAUUUUCAGACUUUAUUAACAUAUAGGAAUUAUCAUUUCAUAAUGUCACAGUAAUUAUCAUCACUUCAUUUAAAGCUAUAAGCUAACAUACCUUUCAUCUGAUAACAAAAUACGAUAGUUCAUAUUCCUAAAUGUUGAUUAAAAAUGUUAUCGUUCAUAGAUAUAAUGUAAAUUCUAUGAUUCGCUAGUCAUGAACUACAUUCUAUGAUCAUUUGAUAAUUGUAAUAAUGGUUCAAGCGAAUGUUUGUCACUUACUGAUUUAAACUGGGGCCCAUGCACACCAUUGGUUGAGAAUCAGUGUUUUCCAACUUCCCUAGGUGGGUUCCCCAUAUCCACUGAACCGGUUAUAGUGCCGGACAUUCGCUUUUCGUCCUCUCAAUUUCAUAAACAACAGCCCCACCGCGGUAAGGUAGUGAGUAGGACUUCCCUGGCAGUGGUUGUAUACACGUGGUCAUGUGAGAGCAUUUCGAGUGGAAGAGCUGACUUUGCCCACCCUCGGCCGUACCGGGGGGGGGCUAGAUACUUUUAAGUCAUAAAAUAGGAAUCUAGUUGUUUAACUUUCCUGCUCCCAUAUAAAUAUCAAAACAAAUGGUAAUGUUAGUUUGUCAGUAAAAUUUAACGGCGUAUAAUCCUUCACAAGCGAGGAAGUUUUUGCUUCCUCUUGAACUUUAUCAUACAAAUUUUCAGUUUGCCACUAUUUAUUUCGAAUAUAAUUUAACGUCUUAAAAUUAUGGAUAUAAUGAGCUUUUAAUUUCUUUCCACUUUCAUCUUGUGGCUGGUAGCAAUAAACACUUAUUUAAUGUAGUAGCUCAUUUUGAACAUAGCUCGAAACACUUUUUCGUGUUUUUUCUCCUAACAAUUCGUAUCACUUACUUUACGUACGUCUGUUACCCUUCCUGGCCUAUAAGCUGUAGACCAGAAACCACCAAUUAAUUCUAUCCUGGGAUUUUCUUUCCAGUUGUUGACAAAUAGUACUUACUUGUUUGAUUUCUGCCUCCAAUUACCGGUGCAAUAUUUCCUUUGGUUUUUACCUUGAGUAUUUUCAAGUUAUGGCUUGCCUCGUGAUGAAGUUUGAUGAUUUCCACAGUGUUUUCUAUCCACCUCAAAAAUAUUUUCAGCUGGUUUAUUCUCCGUCAUAGUAGGUUAUGGCUGAUAGUGUCUGAUCAAUAGAUCUCGAGUAUCUUGUGUAGACAAUUGUUUAUGAAUACCUGUACACUUUUUUUGAUGAUGAUUCUCCUAAUUUUAGCUCCUUACUAUAGAACUGUUUUAACAUUAUUUUUGAAAAUUCUGACUUUGAAGUUGGCGGACACUUGUUUUGAUUUCCAGGCGUUCUUUUUUUGUAGAAAUGCUGCCCUCCAUAUCUGCAUUAAAUUUCCCUUACUUAUCGAUGAUACUCCCGUGGUAUUUAGAGGCUUUUAUCUCCUUCAGAGCUUCACCAUCAAGUGUGAUUAGGUCGAUGCUGGCUGCAUGAUAUUUUCAGGAUUUUGCUUUUUCCUCGUUAAUGUUGAGGCCUACUGCUGCUGCUCUAGCUGUCUUCACUUGCAUUUAUUGCCGUGUAUGUGAUCGGAGGUCUAAGUCGUCUGUUAAUUUGAAAUUAUGUAGCUGUAUCCAAGCUGUAUAUUGUAUUCCGUGUUGCCUCUGAGAUGUAGAGGUCUUCAUAAUUCAAUCAGCCAGCAGAAGGAGGAAAGGAAGCAAGAGUAAGCAGCCUCGUUUAACACUAGUCUACACUUGUAAUGCAUCUAUAAACUGCCCUCCGUGCACGACCUUGCACUGUGGUCCGUCGUACGAAUUACAUUUGAUGUCGAUGAUUGCAGGUACACCAGGGUCGAAGAUUCCAUAAGAUUCUCCUAUCCAUACUGUCAAAUGCUUUCUCAUAGUCAAGGAAGUUGAUGUAUAGUGACGGAUUCUAUUCCGUUGAUUGCUCAACGAUGAUUUGUAAUGUCGUGAUUCGGUCUGUGCAUGAUCGAUCCUUAAUGAUUUCUUCGAUUGUGGGUGGAGUGUCAUCUAUAAGAAGGUCUUUGUGUGCUGCUUAGAUGUCCAGUGGGUUCAGUAGGGCUGGGGUUUCACUUAACUUAAUCAGAGCGAGGUUUUGUCUUCUCAUUUCCGCAGUUACUUGAGUGAUCCUCCUGAUCUCUCACAUUGUGCGGGCAUUCCAUUACCUAAAUCAAUUUUUGCUGUAUUAGUCAAAAAGAGGAAUCGGCCUGGUUACUUCCGAAUUAUAUAUGCUUUUAGCAUAAGGCGUCAUGACUGUUCUAAAUGAAUACCCUUCAACUCUAAGUGUAGAGUUUAAAAUGAUUUUUUCCUGUUUUUUUAAUACAUUGUUUUAAUAAUGAAAAUUAACUAACUAGCUUUGCACGGCUUUUCCACUUACAGAUUUACUCAUUACUUGGUGUGUUUAUGUUCACUGCCUAAAAUAUAAUAGAAUUGGUAAAAAUAUUCUUACGCUUUUCAAAUAUAAACUAGUUAUGCUAAGGACAAUGUUUUAAACCCAUGUUCAUUCGGACCGAUUAAGAAAAUAAAAGGAAGAGAAACAGCCCAUAACGUUGACAAUUUUAUUUACUGGGUUUGCUAAUCAUGUGGUCGAAUCUUGUGUUAAGUAUUGGUGACCGUUUAACUUUUGAUAAACGUAUCAUUUAUCAACCAAAUCAAUGUUAUUUAACUUUUAUUCCUCACUAGUAGUUGUCCAGUUUUGUAUAUCUCUGUUCGUUCAUCAGCAAUGAUUUUCUUAAAAUUUCUUUCAAAGUUCUUUGAUUCUUACUUUGUUUGUAUGUUUUUACUACACAAUGCACUAAAAUGCUUUAGCUUUUGUCUUUUCCUAAUCCUUAUGUAGAUCAAUAUUACUUUGAGGAAAUUUGUGGGUAUAUUUUUAACUGCUUCAUACGUGCUUACUUACUCGUUGCAACGUAAUGUCUUUUUUAACCUGAUAGUAAUGAAGCAUUUUGAUAAUUUAACCAAGUUAAUUUGACAUCCUUGCAAAUAGUUAUAUUCACGAAAACAUCAUUUUCAUGUAAUGUCAUCUACUAAUUUUCUUGAUGAUUUAUAUGAAUACCAAGUAUUUAUAAUAUUCAUAUUCACUAUAACAUAGUCAAAUCCACAACAACACAUGUUUUAUACGAUUAAAUGCUGAAAAUGUAUUAUCAUUAUUUCCGUAUAAUAUUAAUUACGUAAUAUCUGUCACUGGUAGCUAUGAAAUUAAAAUACAACUUGAAUGAAGAUAUAUUUCUUUUCAUUUGAUUCCUUCUCAUAAUUCUACGCAGAUAUAUGCGUUUGUAUUUAAGUAUAAAUUUUGGUUGACCAACUUAACUCUACAUCUCAAUGUUAAUUUAGUAAUAGCUCAAUAAACGCGAAAUUAAAACUAAAGCUCGACUACAUAGUCGAUUAAUUAUUGCAACUAACUACGUAAGAAUAGGAAUAGAAAUCAGGUAAGUUGGAAUUUAAACGAACAUAAGUAUUUAUUGGAACGUUUAGAAAUAAUUAAAAACGGGUCCCAAACGAUUCGUUAAUCAGAUUAACAAAACACAGUACGUAAGAAUAAAGUUAGAAAAUAAUGUUAAAUAAAUUUUAUAAGGCGUAAUUAAGUGAAAGACUAGGAUACAUAAAAAGGCUGCACACAUUUUUUUUAUGUACAAUAAAACCAAGUUUAUUUGUGUAUAUUCUAAUUGAAGUCUGGUUUGUGUAUGAGAUGAUUUCUGAAUAAGUUCGGCAAGAUUUUCUAAAUAACUUUGAGUCCAUGAAAUGACUAUUAUCAACCAUUAAAUACACCAGAUUAGAGUUUCUUGUGAAAUCAAUAGUUCUUGGAAUCAUAAACGUUUUCCAUGAACAAGUCCAAACCUAAUGUAGUGUUUUAUUUGUUUAAUUUAAUGCAAUUAUUAAUCAUAAUAAUGUUUCUAAUUUGCUAAUAGCAAAAUGCUGACUUUUUUUGUUUAUUUCUCUUUCCAAAUUGCAAUUUCAUUUUAUUGUAGUAAAAAGUCAAUCCAAUGGAUCUAGCGCGCGGAAUUCCCAUUCACAUUAUCAACAAUUAUCUGUUUAUCCAUAUGAUGCCUAUGAGUAGUAUAGUGUUGGUAAUCAUAAUAGUCGUUGUAGGUUCAUAAGUCAUAACAAUCCUUCAACUCCUUUACACAAUAAUUACUACGCAUACAGAAUAAAAUUGCUCUUGUUCCUUUUGUACACCUUUGAAAACAAAAAAAUUCAUAAAGAUUCAUUCCCCAUUAAUAUUGUGCACUAAUUAAUUGCUUUUGUGUUAAUCAUCAUAAUCACAUAUUAAUAUUUGGUCAUCAGUUUCUUUCCUCUUCCUCCCUCUUUUCCUGCUAUUCUCUCUGAUCCAUAAUUGUGAUUAGUAAAUAUCACCAAAAAACGAUCUGUAUAUUAUAUUUCAUGUUAAUCUAUUCAAAUUCCAUUCUUCCUUUUAUUAAAACAAAAUAUAGUGUCCAUUUAUUGUUGAAUUUAUUUUCUCACACAUGUUAACAAAACCAUUUAGUGUUGUCUUCAUUUUUAUCUGCGUUAAGGAAUUUUUAGCUUGAUGUUUUGUUGAUUUUCAAAUUCAUUUUUCCUACUUAUAUUGUCGCUGUUGUUAGCAUAUAUUUGAUAGACUUUGCAUACACAACAUGUAAGUGAUUAAUAGUAGAUGCAUGUUUGUACAUGUGUGUAUUUGAUUUCCUUUUAUGUGUUUAUUAUUCAAUUUUCUUCUUUGUUUGUUUGUGUGUAUCGCUCAUAAUUUAAUUUUAUACUGUUCUUCGUUUCGUUGUAUAGGUCUAUGUAUAUGUUUGUCGUCUGAAUUCCUCUUUUUGGCUUAUGUUUAUAUUCUUACUGUUGUCAAUUUUUUUUAUUUUUUCUACUUGCUUCACCUUUCUGAAAUUAUAAAUAAUUAAUUCUGCUGGGUUUUUUCUAUUUUUAACCAAUAUAAUAAGUUGUCUUUAUAUUUCCAUAUUGUUUGGAUUAAAAAGUCUUUAAAGUAAUACUAUUAGUUUACAUUAAAUUUUUAUGUGUAAAUUUCUCUCUGUAUGUAAGUUUUUUCCAGGAAAGUGUAGGGGUUUGUUAGUAGAAGAUUUCAUCAAAAAGAAGCAAACAAAUAAAUAAAUUUGAACUAACUUAUUUGUAAGGAAAGAAACAACACACAAACUCUGCACAUUGAAUGAUUUUCUUUUAAAGAUACUAUCAGUAUUUAUACAGAAUACAAUUGUUUAUUACAUUCUAUUUGGUAAUAGUUAUACAAGAUGAAAACAGUUUUUUCUAAAAAAGAACUGAUUAGACAAUACUUCAUUGUUCCUCAUCUUGUCUUUUUUUUAAUUGAAAGGAAUUUUUUCAUGUUUCUCAUUUGUUUAAUAUGUUUUAUCAUAACUAAAUUAAUAAAUUGAUUAAAAUUACUACUGCUUAUAUCCCCUUGCUAAAUAAAUAAAUUAUUUAGGUAUUUAAGUAGAAUUAGUUAGUCAGCACUUCUGAUAAUCUCAUUAUUGAUAUUAUAAGUGAUUCGCCAUGUAAAUAUGUUUAUGACCUAGUUCAAUUUUGAACUAUAUUUUAUGUGUAAAGAAAAUGUCUUGUUAUUUGGCUACCUGCAUGCGAAAUCGUUGGAAUCGCAUCCAAAUUUAUGAUGUGAUGGAGUAGGAAAUCAAAUGUUUCUUUAAAUAAUAAUAACUGAAUCACCAAGUACUAUCUGGUUACCUAAUUCGAAGUAGGUAGGAUGGGAUUCGAACGUACAACCUACUGGUUGAAAUCUGAUUGGUUUAAUUAAUAAACCACCAAUUCUAUAUAAAUUGUAUAUGUAAUAACAUGCUACAAGAUGAUUUCUUGGCUUUAUCAUAUGUUUUCAAUUGUGAUUGAUGAGCUUAUGCGUUUCUAGAGUGCAAAUUAAAAAAAAAGAUUCUAUACAAAAUGGAAAUCAAUAUAUUCCCGAUAUAAUUAUUGAGUGCAUACCAAUUUACGGACAUUACCAGAUUAAUAAAAAAAAAACAGUAUUACAUGUAAUAGCCAGAGAUAUUGGGUCAAAUUCUUUGGAAUGAUAUGAUCCACUAGUUGUUUUAGGAGGAUUACAACAAUGAAAGGCAACAGUUGGGAACCAUGAGUUCUUAUCAGGGAGAUCAUAACAUUCUAUUGGUGUAUUAAUGUUAUGCAAAAAGUCAUUCCCAGUGCUAUUACAAAGUAAUUCUAGUCAUCUACAACCACAGCAAAAUUUAAUAUGAUAGGUUUGCUGUGAUGCAAGUGUUAAGUUGUUAUCUAAUCUACUGAUUUAAUUAGGUAGUUAAAUUAACGUGAGGCAUAAAAUAUUUCCGCAGAGGUAAUUUUGUUAUGCUUUGUAAAAACAAUCGGUGAUUUAUGCUGAUUAAUACUAUAUUUUACAUAUUAUCUUAUACGUACAGUUAACUGAUCCAAAUCUUUAAAAUUGAGAGUUUAGUAGUUAGCUAUAGAGGAUGAAUAAUAGAAAUAAUUAAAUUUUAUCAAAUGAAUCGUAUAACUGAUGACAUAUCCGUCGAUUGUCGAAUGAACCAUUAUCAAUUUAUUGUUAGUCCUAUGAUAGUGUUGUCAUAUGAUAAAUAGUUUUUUGCUCAGUAC